AUGACUCCCCCACGAAAGACGACAACUGAAGAGGGGCAAACUCCCCACGAUUCCACCGUCGUGAGCAACCCGUCCAGCAUCACGGGCAAACUCUGCACGUGGAUUCACGACACCACCAUCACCUCCAUCCCCGACGACGUGGUCCGACGUGCCAAGUACCUCAUCCUCGAUGGCAUCGCCUGUGGUCUGGUCGCUGCGCACUUACCGUGGUCCGAGAUCGCGGCACGGGCAAUCUUCAAGAUGGAACCAGAGGGCCAAUGCACGGUCAUGGGCUGGGGCGGGAGCAAGAAACUGUCCCCGCUCGCAGCGAGUAUUCUGAACAGCACCUUCAUCCAAGGCUUUGAGCUCGACGACUACCACUCCACCGCGCCGCUGCAUUCAUGCUCCAUUCUUCUCCCUGCUCUUUUCGCCGCCGCCGAAGCAGAGCCGGCGCGCACGUUCUCGGGUCAGGACUACCUCAAAGCAUUCAUCGUCGGGUGCGAAGUCGGGCCCCGAGUCGGGUUGGCCCUCCAUGGCGCAGAUUUGCUCUCGCGUGGCUGGCAUUCGGGAGCUGUACAAGGACCCUCGGCCUCUGCCGCAGCGGUAUCCUCCCUGCUGGGUUUGCCCUCCGGGUACAUCGAAUCCGCGCUGGGGAUAGCCUGCACGCAAGCCGGUGGCUUGAUGUCGGCGCAAUUUGGGUCCAUGGCAAAACGGAUGCAACACGGCUUCGCCUCACGCAAUGGUCUCUUUGCCGCCUUGCUCGCGAAAGAAGGGUAUACGGGGAUCCAGGAGGUCUACGAGACACCGUACGGUGGAUUCCUGUCCAUGUUCUCCGAAGGAGUGACCAACUUUACCCCCAAGUCUCUGCCUGAAGAGCUUGUUAGUGGAUUAGGGGAGAGGUGGGGCCUCCACGGUAUACGGGUGAAGCUCCACGCCGCCAUGGCCGCGCUGCACGGGACGAUCGACUGCAUUGAGAAGCUGCAGCGUGAACACGGGGCGCUCUUCGCAGCCGAGAACCUGGACAACAUCGAGGCCAUCACGACUCAGCACUCGAAGCCGGCAUUCGAGCACGGCGGCUGGGCCGCGCCGGCGGACAAACCGCUCACCUCGACCGCGGCGCAGAUGUCGAUCCAGUACGCCGCGGCGGCACAGCUGGUCGACCGCGAAGUGCUGAUGGCGCAGUUCGGGGCUGACCGGCUGAACCGGUCGCAGCUGCGUGCGCUCAUGGCCAAGAUCACACCGACGCACAACCCGGAGUUCGACAGCGACAAGCGCAAGGGGUGGCGGACCGUGGUGACCGUGCGAUUUGCUGGAGAGCAAGGACAAGAACAGACGGUCGAGGCCCUGGUCGACGGGCCCAAGGGGAUCAUGCCCCCAGCGAGUGAGGACGACAUCGUGAAUAAGUGGCGCAUGCUUGUGCAGGACGUGCUCUACGACGACCGGAGGGAUCGGAUCGAGGCUUGUGUCUUGGACCUGGAGAAGCUGGGCGACGUGAGGGAGCUGAUUGCGUUGUUGGAGGGCGCCGUCAAGUGUCCUAUCGUUGUCUGA